UAAACUUUUCUUUUUCCCUAACUGGCAGUUGCAGUCGUGCAGAAUGGCGGACCUCAGUCUUGUAGAUGCAUUGACAGAUCCACCUCCAGAGAUUGAGGGAGAGAUAAAGCGAGACUUCAUUGCCACACUGGAGGCUGAGCCCUAUGAUGACACUGUGGGAGAAACUGUGGAGAAGACUGAGUAUAUUCCUCUCAUGGAUGGUGAUGAGAAAAUUGGGAACCCAGAGUCCAAAAAGAAACCAUGCUCAGACACUAGCCAGGCUGACGGUAUUCCAUCUUCUAAACCAACUCUUCUAGCCAAUGGUGAUCAUGGAAUGGCAGCUAAUAUCACUACAGGGUCUCCUACUGACUUCCUUGAAGAGAAAAUGGCCUACCAGGAAUAUCAGAACAGCCAGAACUGGCCAGAAGAUGCAAGCUUUUGUUUCCAGCCUCAACAAGUGUUAGGUACUAACCAGGCUGAUCCUCUAAAGGUCCACCAUGAUGAUGGCCUGGCAGAUCUGCUCUUUGCCUCUAGUGGACCCCCAAAUGCUUCAGCAUUUAUAGGGCAAAGUGAUCCUCUGGGUGACAAUUACGGUAUGCUUCCCAGGGACUCGCUUGGUCCCAUGGCUGUUGUAUCUCCGGAGUGGUCUGUGGAAGCCUCAAACUCUCCACACCCAGAGUCCUUCAUUUCUCCAGAAGUAGUUAUAGAAACCCUGCAGCCGGCAGCAGAGCUAUCCAAGGAAAUAGAAGUGAAAUCAGUAAAAGAGCAACUUCCAACUAAAGAAUUGGAAAUGAUGGCAGAAGAGAAGACCACUGAUGUGGUACCAUGUAGAGAAACAGAUGUGUCUCUGUCCACAGACAUGACACCAGGCACAGAAACAGAAGUGGCAUUGGCUAAAGAUGCUGAAGAGGCUACCAAACCAGAUGUGAUAUUGUCAGAUGCCUUGCAGCCAUCCAUUGAAUCAGAUAUAUCCCUGGCUGAGGACAUGGAACUAUGUGUAGGAACAGAGGUAACCCCUGUGAAGGAUAUCAUAUUGCCGACAGAAGCAGAUGUAUCUUUGACUGAGGGUAUGGCACCUCCCACAGAAGAUGAAAUGGUCCCAGACAAGGAUGUGACACUGCCCAAAGAAACAGAGAUGACACUCCCGAUAGCAAUGGACUUGGUACCACCUGAGGAUAUGGCACUUGUCAAAGAAACAGAGCUAGCCCCAGUCAAGGGCAUGGUUUCACUGUCAGAAAUAGAAGUGUCCCUGGCAAAGGAUGCUGAGUCCUCUACAGCUGAAGAGAUGGCCCUGCCCUCAGACACCCCUAUGGUUUUGACAAAGGAUGCCACAUUGCCCUUAGAAACAGAGGGAUCUUUGGUCAAGGGCAUGACUCCAUCUCUGGAAACUGAAAUGACCCUGGCUAAGGAAAUUGCUCCACCUAUUGAAACAAAAAUUGACAUGGUCAGAGAUAUGGCUUCACUCCCAGAGUCAGAAGUGUCUCUGGGCAAAGAAGUGGUUACGCUUCUAGAAAAACAGGUGGUGACUGAGUUCAACAGUUCUACCCCACUUUCAGAAAAAGAGGUGGCCUCUGUCAAGGAUAUAUCUCUGCCCCCAGAAACAGAGGCUCCCCUGGGUAAGGAUGCUGUUCUGCCCUCGGAAACAGAGUUGACCCUGGACAACAAUGUGACUCCAGCCAAGGAUAUUACACUACCCUCAGAACUAGAAGUAGCAGCAGUACAAAUUGAAAACAAAGAAAAUGAACAGGCUCAAGAAGAAUUCGGCGAAGACUCCCAGUUACAAUCUGUCCAGCACAAGGGGCAGUCAGCAAUACCUCCUUGCAUGAUUCUACCAGAACCAGUCAAAGCUGCAGACCAACAGUUUAACUUGCCAAUAGAUGAAGGUUCUCUAGAGAACUUAGAGCAAAAGGAAACAUCUGGCAGUCAGCCUUCUGAACUUUCUUCAGGAAUAGCCAGGCAAGAAGAAGGAAAGGCUGCUGUAAGUGUGACAGGAAAUGACAUCACUACCCCACCAAACAAGGAGCUACCACCAAGCCCAGAAAAAAAAGGAAAGCCUUUGGCCACCACUCAACCUGCCAAGACUUCAACAUCGAAAGCCAAAACACAGCCCACUCCUCUCCCUAAGCAGCCAACUCCCACCACUACUGGUGGGUUGAAUAAAAAACCCAUGAGCCUCGCUUCAGGCUCAGUGCCAGCUGCCCCACCCAAACGCCCUGCUGCUGCCACUGCUACCACCAGGCCUUCCACCCUACCUGCAAGAGACGGGAAACCAAAGCCAAUUACAGACGCUAAGAUUCCUGAAAAGCGGACCUCACCAUCCAAGCCUGUAUCAGCCCUCAGACCUGGACCUAAAACCAUCCCAACUGUUUCAAAAGCCACAUCUCCUUCAACUCUUGUUUCCACUGGGCCAAUCAGUAGAAGUCCUGCCACACCUCUGCCUAAGAGGCCCAUCUCCACUAAGACUGAGGGAAAAGCUGCUGAUGUCAAAAGGAUGACUGCUAAGUCUGCACCAGCUGACUUGAAUCGCUCAAAGACCACCUCUGCCAGUUCUGUGAAGAGAAACACCACUCCUACUGGGGCAGCACCCCCAGUAGGAAUGACUGCCCCUCGAGUCAAGCCCAUGUCUGCACCUUCCCGGCCUUCUGUAGCUCUUUCUGUGGACAAGAAGCCCAUCUCAGCUAAACCUAGCUCCUCUGCUCCCAGGCUGAGCCGCCUGACCCCCACUGCCUCUGGCCCUAGUCUGAAGAGUGUUCGCUCCAAGAUUGGGUCGACAGAGAAUAUCAAGCACCAGCCUGGAGGAGGCCGGGCCAAAGUAGAGAAAAAAACAGAGGCAGCUGCCACAGCUGGAAAGCCUGAACCUAAUGCAGUCACAAAAGCAGCUGGCUCCAUUGGGAGUGCGCAGAGACCACCUGUUGGGAAAGUCCAGAUAGUCUCCAAAAAAGUGAGCUACAGUCAUAUUCAAUCCAAGUGUGGUUCCAAGGAUAAUAUUAAGCAUGUCCCUGGAGGUGGCAAUGUUCAGAUUCAGAACAAGAAAGUGGACAUUUCCAAGGUCUCCUCCAAGUGUGGGUCCAAAGCGAAUAUCAAGCACAAGCCUGGUGGAGGAGAUGUCAAGAUUGAAAGUCAGAAGUUAAACUUCAAGGAGAAGGCCCAGGCCAAAGUGGGAUCCCUUGAUAAUGUUGGCCACCUACCUGCAGGAGGCGCCGUGAAGACUGAGGGCGGUGGCAGUGAGGCCCCUCCGUGUCCAGGCCUCCCUGCUGGGGAGGAGCUGGCCAUCCCAGAGGCUGAGCCUGAUGCUGGCGCCCCUACUUCAGCCAGUGGCCUCAGUGGCCACACCACCCUGUCAGGGGGUGGUGACCAAAGGGAGCCCCAGACCUUGGACAGCCAGAUCCAGGAGACAAGCAUCUAAUGAUGACAUUCUGGUUCGUCUUCCAUCUCCCCUAUGUUCCCUCUCUUGUCCGUCCCCCUCGUCCCUCCCCCGUGUUACCCUCUCCCACCCCCCCUCACGUGUCACUGCAGAUUGAGACCUACAGGCUGACGUUCCGGGCAAAUGCCAGGGCCCGCACCGACCAUGGGGCCGACAUUGUCUCCCGACCUCCCCACUUCCCUGGCUGCCCAAGCUUGGGGCCCCGGGCCACGGGCUCCCUUUCCCGGGCUAUCUACUAGAAUUGUAAGCUCUUGGGUGCUGGGCGGCCCUUUAGGCCUCUCUCCCUCCUGCCUAGCUUGCUCAGGCAGCAGCAACCCUGCUGCCUUCACCUUCUUCCACCCUCUUGUGGGCCCAGCUCCAACCUACUAUCCCACCACUGCACCGCUGCUGUAUGGAGAAAGUUGGGAGGAGGGGUAGGAGUCUACUGGCAUCUCUGUGGGAUCUAUGGUGGGGUGCUGGGUUCCAGUCUCCUGAUGUUUGGGUUUUUUGGACCAAACCCAAAAGAAACUGACAAACCCUCCCUCUCUUCCCUGGUCCAACUUGGAGGGACUAGUAGAGGUGAUGAACUCCAGGUGGUGACCAGCACUGACUGAAUCCCCUGGAACCUAAACCACUGCCUUCUCCUUGACCCCCACAGUAGAAGCCACCCUUCAAGUGGUACUAGGCUCUUUUGUGUCAAGUUUCCCACUGCUUAUCAUACCUGAGUAGCUGCUGUCUCACUUUCCUUUUUUCAUGUUUUAUUCUUUUUUUCCAAAUAACCUAUGAACUGGUGGUGUAGUUUGCUGCGGGUUGAAGCCAUGUCUAAAUGAGAGUUCUCAGUAGGUGAUGAAGGAAGCAGGGGAGGAGGUCCUGAGUCUCCUGAGGAGGCUGUCAGGCACUGGGGGCUGCCCUUACUUUGGGCAGCUUGGGAUCCUGUGUGAAGAAAAGUGAGAAGCAGGGCUACUGCCUGGAGAGCAGUUGGACAGCUAGAGCCGGCCAGUGUGACUGGCUGUGCUGGCAUUGCAUGUAUGCUGCCCCUACCCCCAACCCAGAGGCUGUUUUUAGCAUUUGUCUCAUUCCCUGGGAUGCAGUGGUCAUGGUGUGAUACAAAACCAGGGCUGGAAAAACAGAAAUGAAGGUCAAAAUCCCUGACCUGCACCUGCAGGCCAAGGCACCUAAACCCUCACGUCUGGGGGAACCUGAGAUGUCCAGAGUGCAUGUGAGCAGUGGGGAAUCAGGUGUGGAAAUUGAAAACUAGAAUGUGUGAGACUGAGGCCAUCCCACUUUCCUUCUGGUGUGACUGGAAAGGAGGAGAGGCCAGGCCAAUCGUGGGGGCGCAGCCACUCCAGUGCCGUCUAUUUAUGGGUGGGUGGGAUGGCUGCAAUGCUGGGAAAAUCCUGGGAAUUAUAUCAACACAAGAUUCUUAUUGCACUUGUAUUUUUUGUAUUAAAGUUUGCAUGGUUUCUAAUAAAGGAUUCAAACCUAAGUUUGUGGUGAAAUGGCCUGGGAGUGUCUAAGGGCUCCUCUGGUGGGGCAUUUUCUGCUGUGCAGAUUUGCCUGUCAGGAGGCUGGCCCAGAUCUGACCCCCCUUGACCCUCCUCCUGACACAGGCUCCAUCUCUGCUUUGGGUACAGCUUGAGCAGGUAGAGUUCUGUGCUAUCUCUCUACCCAAGGAAGCUAUCCCUGAGCACAUUUUUGAGGCAGCAGUUUUUUUUUUUUUUUUUUCAGAUACCUUUACACCCAGCUCUCCAAACACACACACGGAAUUGCAGGGGCCUGUGGAAAAAGGACUGCCUUAGCCAUGGCGUGGCUGCCUGUAGAAAGCUGCAUGGAGCCUUUAGUGUCAGUAUUUUUUUAGCAUGAAAAGGCAAGAUGGCACUGGAAAGAAGGAAGCCGUGGGGCUGGGGAGCUGAUGGCUGAGGGCAUAAAGGUAUUUGCUAACCUCCUUGAUGUUGGUCCUAAGGCCUUGAUGCUGAAAUUGACAGGAGUCCAUUGGCCAAAGGAUUUGAGACAGGAAGGUGGCCUAGGCUCUCCACAGGUCCAGCUGCCUGGGGUGGUCCCACAAGUCAGAACCUAAGAAGGCUGAUGGGGACCAUAGGCCAUGUGAUGUGUAUACUUUGCAACGCUUGGGGGUGAGAUCUUUCUGUACUUUGAGUUUGCUCAUGGCUUAGCCAUUACCUGUGUCUGUCAAUUGUUGUACUGAUUUAAACAAUAAAGCUGCCUGACAUCCCAUCACA